AUGGUGUCCGUUAAUGUUUUAGUCCGUUUGGUGGUUACCACCUCGUUCGUUUUGUUGUGUUAUGUAAGUGGUUCUGAAGACCACAGCAAGAGGAUUCUCCUGAACGACCCCAGCUACUUCCAAGACCAGAUGACCCACCUCCAGGAAGAACUGCAGACCCUACAGACCACUGAUCAGACUCAAACUAGUGAACUACAGACUCUACAGACCACUGAUCAGACUCAAACUAGUGAACUACAGACUCUACAGACCACUGAUCAGACUCAAACUAGUGAACAGCAGACCCUACAGACCACUGAUCAGACUCAAACUAGUGAACUGCAGACCCUACAGACCACUGAUCAGACUCAAACUAGUGAACUACAGACUCUACAGACCACUGAUCAGACUCAAACUAGUGAACUGCAGACCCUACAGACCACUGAUCAGACUCAAACUAGUGAACUGCAGACCCUACAGACCACUGAUCAGACUCAAACUAGUGAACUACAGACUCUACAGACCACUGAUCAGACUCAAACUAGUGAACUGCAGACCCUACAGACCACUGAUCAGACUCAAACUAGUGAACUGCAGACCCUACAGACCACUGAUCAGACUCAAACUAGUGAACUACAGACUCUACAGACCACUGAUCAGACUCAAACUAGUGAACUGCAGACCCUACAGACCACUGAUCAGACUCAAACUAGUGAACUGCAGACCCUACAGACCACUGAUCAGACUCAAACUAGUGAACUACAGACUCUACAGACCACUGAUCAGACUCAAACUAGUGAACUGCAGACCCUACAGACCACUGAUCAGACUCAAACUAGUGAACUGCAGACCCUACAGACCACUGAUCAGACUCAAACUAGUGAACUGCAGACCCUACAGACCACUGAUCAGACUCAAACUAGUGAACUGCAGACCCUACAGACCACUGAUCAGACUCAAACUAGUGAACUGCAGACCCUACAGACCACUGAUCAGACUCAAACUAGUGAACUGCAGACCCUACAGACCACUGAUCAGACUCAAACUAGUGAACUGCAGACCCUACAGACCACUGAUCAGACUCAAACUAGUGAACUGCAGACCCUACAGACCACUGAUCAGACUCAAACUAGUGAACUGCAGACCCUACAGACCACUGAUCAGACUCAAACUAGUGAACUGCAGACCCUACAGACCACUGAUCAGACUCAAACUAGUGAACUGCAGACCCUACAGACCACUGAUCAGACUCAAACUAGUGAACUACAGACUCUACAGACCACUGAUCAGACUCAAACUAGUGAACUACAGACCCUACAGACCACUGAUCAGACUCAAACUAGUGAACUACAGACUCUACAGACCACUGAUCAGACUCAAACUAGUGAACUACAGACCCUACAGACCACUGAUCAGACUCAAACUAGUGAACUACAGACUCUACAGACCACUGAUCAGACUCAAACUAGUGAACUACAGACUCUACAGACCACUGAUCAGACUCAAACUAGUGAACUACAGACUCUACAGACCACUGAUCAGACUCAAACUAGUGAACUACAGACUCUACAGACCACUGAUCAGACUCAAACUAGUGAACUACAGACUCUACAGACCACUGAUCAGACUCAAACUAGUGAACUACAGACUCUACAGACCACUGAUCAGACUCAAACUAGUGAACUACAGACUCUACAGACCACUGAUCAGACUCAAACUAGUGAACUACAGACUCUACAGACCACUGUUCAGACUCAAACUAGUGAACUACAGACCCUACGGGCGACAGUACAGACACAUAACGCUGAACUACAGACACAGACUAGUGAACUACAGACCCUACAGACAACAGUACAGACACAUAACGCUGAACUACAGACACAGACUAGUGAACUACAGACCCUAUGGGCAACUGUACAGACUCAAUCUAGUAAACUGCUGACUCUACAGACCACUGAUCAGACUCAAACUAGUGAACUACAGACCCUAUGGGCAACUGUACAGACUCAAUCUAGGAAACUGCUGACUCUACAGACCGCUGAUCAGACUCAAACUAGUGAACUACAGACCCUACGGGCAACAGUUCAGACGCAGAACGCUAAGUUACAGAACCAGAACGCUGAACUACAGACACAGAAUGAAAAAUAUUUUCACUGGAACAACGACUCUAUCAGGCCAAUCAAGGUAGAUAAUAUUAUAUAUCUGCAUUGA